GGCCGGGUGCUGGAAGCAAGAUGGCGCGAUGGUUGUCUCCCCCGACUUAUACCAGCGGUCCAGAGAUGCCAGUAGACGUAAAGGAUGGGGUGUCGGUCGUCCUCCCGGAAGAUGGGGCGUGGACGGAUCUUGAACCAGCAUAUCAAACCGUAAUGCUGAAAGGGGAGGACGCGUUCCUAUGGAUAGAGACGGUAUGGGCUAAUGUUAACUUGACAAGGUUGUCGCCAAGCUUAAUGGAUUUGGAGUUCCGGGGAACAGUGGAAGCUCGGGGGUGGGUCUACUUGUCGAAAGAUGGGGAGAAUGCUAUGGUCGUAGAGUUGGCACUCGGGAAUGCGCCGGACGAGUUGUUUAGGAAGGCUGAAGCAGAAGUUGUAUGGGUCUCGUGUCAGCGAAGGGAGAUGGAAAUGGAAAGGGCAGAAGUGCGGGUGGAACUUGGGGAUAGAGGAAGCAUGAGGCGACCCGUCAGAACCAUGCGAUGCGUGCUGCCUCCCUUCCUAGUGGAUGCGGUGUUUGAAACCCGGAGCAGACUGGUAAGGAUAUGUCAGUCCAUGAUGAACCUUGGACUAUACCAAUGCGCUAGGCAGGAUUUCUUUCGGUUGUCAGUAGAAAUGGGGUCGUUUGAGGGGAACUGGGCGGACGAACUGACCGAGAUACUAAGCUGCCUUAGCUUAGACAAUAUCUAUGUCUCUAGCCCUGUACAUUGGGGGAUAGUGUAUAGAAAUAUGGCAAUAGGGGAGACAUUUCUGGAGGGGGUGAAAGAGUUGUUCUACGACGAAGAGGACGACUUCAGGCUCUGGAGCCUCAGAGAAAGGGUGUUGGGAUGGCUCGACUCGGAAGGAACGACAAAGACUAGAGGGGGGCAGAAAGCCAGCAAGGAAGGGCCAGAUACCGGCGUGGCAGGCGAGGCCAGUAGCUCCGAAGGCGGCCUUAGGAAGAUAGUAUCAUCCCUUGCACGAGCACUAAACAAGAACCAAGGCUAUCUAGCAGACGCCAAGAAAAAGCUGACUUUCGAUGGAGAAAACAUCACGGAGUUCCUGAUCGACUACGAGAACCUAGCUGCGUUACUAAAGUGGACCGAGGAGGAAAAGAUGGACCAUCUAGGACAGCAUGUGUCGUUAAGCCUAGGACGGGACAUAAUACCCAUUGUAGCCUCAAGCCGGUCUUGGAAGGAGACCGGAGAUGUGAUGAUGAGGAAGUACCUAGCGGCAGAGAAAAUGGCAACAGAGGCCGACCUAGCGGCAGUUCAGAGGAAGAACUUCGCAACGUACAAUGAUUUCCUACGGGAAUUUACUCUAGUAGCACUAAGGAUCCCCGGGGUCACGGACCGGAUAAUGAGCACAUAUUUCCUCAGGCAGUUCUCCGAGUUCGACAAAGACAAGAUCUUGUCAGCUUACCAACAGACGAGCAAGUUCGUAAACACGCGGGAUGUUGAUUUUAGCAUGGGAACGGAUCUGGCUGAGAAAACGGUAGUAACAGAAACGUUGGCCUUGCUCAAGGAAGGGGAGAUCAUAGACUUGACCAGUAGGACGGACGACAAGCCAGAUCCGACGAAAACCGACAAGAUAUCGCAGCGACCAACCCCCCUGCGCACUACAACGGAGGUGAGAGCAUUCCUAGGCGUGGUCGACUUCUGGAGGAUCUUCAUUAAGAAUUUUGCCAAGAUUGCGGAGCCUAUUCGGACUAUGAUCAGAGAGGAAGGGACCAUGGACUGGACGGAGGAGCGAGAGGGAGCCGUCCAGACCCUCAAGGACGUUUUGACGUCAGAGCAGGUCGCGUUGUCGGCGCCCUGCUUUAAUGAUGAGGUAGGACAACCAUUCAUCCUGGAAACAGAUGGAGGGCCCUUGGCCGUAGGAGGCGUACUGAUUCAAAGGGACGAGGGAGGAAAAGAGAGGCCGAUUAGGUUCGAAAGUAGAACCCUGAACUCCGCAGAACGGCGGUACUCGCAAUUCAAGAAGGAAGUCCUAGCCAUCCUGCAUUGCCUUAAGACCUUCCAGGUCUACCUAUUUGGGAGGCGAUUCAUCUUAAGGAUCGAUCCGACGAAUGUCGCAGGGGCUCUAAAGAAUUACAAGCCUAUAGAUCCAAUGGUGGGGAGAUGGGUAGGAUUCAUCUGGCAGCUCGAUUACAAGAUCGAACAGAUUGCUGGAAUCCGGAACAAGGCAGAUGGGCUGAGUCGGGUUUGCAUCACUCCCGAAGGGGUGGAGGAUGCGGAGCCUAUAGAUGCAUUCCUUGAAUUCGAAGGAGGGACUCUUGCGGUGGACAACGAAGUGAUGGACGAGGGGUGCGCAUCUGUGGAACUGCUGAUUCGGACUUUGGAAAAGGGGGCACCUGCCGUAGUAGCAGAACUUAGAGAAGGACCAGUCACCACUCGAGGUCGUAAAGAGGAAAGGGAGUCGUGGGGAGCAAUAGUAGGACCAAAGUUAGAUGAUGAUCCGCGAAUGACUACGGAAGAGUUAAUCGAGGCAAGGUGUCAACAGGUCUUUAAGAACGAAGAAGUCAUGGAAGACAUCGCCAACCGGGUGCUAGACAGCAGAAUGAGAGACAAAGCAAGGUGGGACCAGGGUCUAAAAGAAAGAAAAAUGGAGUUCGGUAACGAGAAUGACAGUGGGGCAAUCAACAGGUCUGCCGGAGGGGAAGAAGCGGGGUCAAGCCAAGGGAGGAGAACUGCGAAGAGAAAGCUGUACAUAGGGCUCAUGGGCGGACCGGUGGUAAGCAGGGGUGGAAGGAAGUGCCUAUGCAGAAGACCCUCGCCCCUCCGAAAGGGAGAGGGGAUAAAAAUCUCAUCUGGGAGUGAAGGGGAGAGGGGAAGGGCAAAUAUGGGAGGACGGGGCGACACGGAGAUGAGAGGCAAGGCUCGCGCCUCUGACGAAGAAAGGGACGAGGAAUGCGAACGGCGUGAGCCUUGGGAUGAGGAAAGGGGGGAGAGACAGGACAUGCGCAACGAGCAAGAGAACGAGGAGGAAAAAAGGGAAAGCACGCUUGAAGGAAAAAGCGGCCACGGCAAUUGUGAGGGGUAUGGGACGGGGACAAAGAUUCCUUUUACCUACGAUCCGAAGAACCUAGCGGGUGGGUACAGCCCCAUACAGACAGAAGACGAGGAGGACGAGGAGGAGGAUGUACAAGAGGUCAUAGAAAUCAGCAGUGGGGAUGAGAGAGAUGAGAUCUCGAGGCCUAGGGAAGAAAGGCGGCCUCCGAUGCACCAGCCGGGCAACGGGGCUUUCAGAUGGGAGGACGAGUUUGGGCCAACACCCAGUCAUCGGUUUCAGCAAUGAACCAAUGUGAUCAGGCACGAAUGAAUUAUCAAGACCCGG